UUGUAUUCUUCGUUGUUUGUACUUCGUUAACCUAAAACUAAAUCGAAAAUGUCAGGACGUGGCAAAGGUGGCAAAACCAAGGGAAAGUCAAAGACCCGCUCCAACCGGGCCGGACUCCAGUUCCCAGUCGGUCGUAUCCAUCGUCUUUUGCGCAAAGGAAACUACGCCGAGCGUGUUGGUGCUGGUGCUCCAGUGUACCUAGCCGCAGUAAUGGAAUACUUGGCUGCCGAAGUCUUGGAGUUGGCCGGAAACGCAGCUCGUGACAACAAGAAGUCGAGAAUCAUUCCCCGUCAUCUCCAACUCGCUAUCAGGAACGACGAGGAAUUGAACAAGCUCCUCUCUGGAGUCACCAUCGCCCAGGGUGGUGUUCUCCCCAAUAUCCAAGCUGUUCUUUUACCCAAGAAAACCGAAAAGAAAGCUUAAAUUUUCCACUCACCCUCACAAAACAAUCGGCCCUUUUCAGGGCCAACAAAUAUUUGUACGUUUGAAUUCGAUGUUGUUUACAAAAACAUAUUUUUUUAAUUAGUAGCAAGUUAUAUUUAGCUGUGUAAUCUAUUUCACCUGCCUCUUUGAUUUACAGAU